AUGGCAGAUCCAAGCGAGGUGGUAUUACGUUACACGCCAGAAAAAUGGAUCGAGGCCCAAGAGAGACUGGGUUCGGCGUCACCAUCCCGCUUCGUCACUUUAUCCUACAAUCCAAGAGAUCACUUGCUGUCGACACCCUCUCCUCGUAGAGAAAGGGCUUCUGUACCUCCAGUGGUGAGAAAACAUGUCCAGCCUCUUAAUUCGACGUCGAAAGAGUUCUUUGUACGUCCCAUAUCAGAGUCAUUGGAUCGUCUUGGAGAAUAUGGAAAGAAUUCACUGAAUGAUGUUCAGGUAUUGGAAAAAAAUUGGUACUACGAUUUGACUAAUGUUGGCCAACGGCUUAGAUUGCUUAGAGAAACGUUUAAAGUUUUACAGCUGGUUCGUAAAAAGCGAAUGAUGGGCGAAAGAGCUGACUUCAAGAUGCUCAACGAGUUCCGUUUAUCUCACACGGGCUCUCCAAUUGUGCUGGACGAUGACGGCCUAUCGAAGACUGAAGAUGAAGAUGACAAUAACACCUCCAGUGUUCCUGAGUUUCCUCCUCCUCCUCCACCUAAACAGAGGGGUCGUCCCAGACGUAAGCAUACUCGGGGACGGAAACCUGGGUAUCGUCGUGAGACGGCGGACCCUCCAGUUACAAGAACAAGAGCUUCCAGAAGAGGCCAGGACUCCACACUGCUGCCUUUGCUGAGGGAGCAAGCUGUGGCCACCUUACUGACAACCAAUGGAAACGGAGAUGGACGCAACUUGGUGUAUACGUCACCUACGGAGGCUCUGUCCACAUUUCCGAUCUUGCAUCUGCCUCCAAUUCUUCCCAGUCAGAGAUUGCCUGAAAAUUACACUCAGGCCAUCAACUAUGGUGGUGCGCUCACCUACGGCUCGAAUGAAUCUCUACAUGUGAAAGCUCCGAAAUUCGUUAGUGGUGUGCCUGAAGAGAAUCAAGCAAAGCAAUCAAGGGGUGCAUCGUCCACACCUGUAAGCUCCAAAGUAGGAGUAGCUGGUGAUUCUAGCUCAUAUGCAUCAGCUUCUCCAUCGGUUGUGAAACAAUCGACUGGAGAAAAUUCUCACUUUGGGCCAAUUCUCACUCUUGGAGGGCCAUCGGGACCUCAUGCUAUGCAAGCCCAAGCAAAUCAAGCAUCGAAUCAAGCAAUUCCAAGUCAAGCACAUCCAUCCACCAUGACCACGCCAGCAUAUCACAGUGCACAUAGCACAAAGCUUUCAACGCCUAAUCUUGCUACUCAAACAACUACAUCAAACGUCACUACUAAUCCUUCACCUCCAAAUCUUACGAAUGCUCCUAUUCUCCAUUCAAGCACACUUCCAGGAAUGAGAAUGCCGAAUAUAUCCGAUCGGCUGCUUCCUACUUUUGCCGGUGAUUCCAGGGGCCCUCUUCCCCGUAUGGCAGGCAUGCCCGGAGUACCAGGAAUGGCCCGGAUGUCGGGUAUGACAGGAACACCUGCGAUUUCUCAUACACCUGCGGGUUACAUGGGGUCGCAAGGCGGACCCGGCAUCAGACUCCCUCCUCUUCAGUGGGGAAGCGGAAACUACGAAAUGCCGGGUAUACCUCAUCAAUCACCUCCAUCUAUGUACUCAGGACCAUCGUCCGAGGACAAGAAAGAGUGA